AUGAAUGAUGUCUCCCAGAGGAUGGGGGAAUCAAAUCAAUCAGUGACCUCAGACUUCACUCUCAUGGGGCUCUUCAGCCACUCAGGGCCACAUAUGGUCCUAUUUUCCCUCGUGGUAGUCAUAUUCACAAUGGGCCUUCUGGGCAACGCCAUCCUGCUCUUCCUGAUCCAGACAAACUCCAGGCUCCACACACCCAUGUACUUUCUGCUCAGCCAACUGUCCCUGUUGGAUGUUGGCUUCCCCCUGGUCACCAUCCCCAAGAUGGCGGCUGACUUCCUCCAGGGAGAGAGUUCCAUCUCUUUUGGGGGCUGUGCAGCUCAGAUGUUCUUCCUGAUGUUGUUGGGUGUCGCUGAGGGCGUUCUGCUGUCUCUUAUGUCUUACGACCGCUACGUUGCUGUGUGCCACCUCCUCCAUUAUCCUGUGCUCAUGAGACGUCAGGUGUGCCUGCUCAUGGUGGGUACCUCCUGGACGUCAGGUGUACUUGUGGCCUCCAUCCAGACCUCCAUCACUCUGCACUUCCCCUACUGUGCCUCCCGCAUCGUGGACCACUUCUUCUGUGAGCUGCCUGCUCUGCUGAAGCUCUCCUGUGCAGACACCUCUGCCUAUGAGUUGGCGCUGUCCAUCUCUGGGGUGCUGAUCUUGCUGCUGCCCCUGUCCCUCAUCGCCACCUCCUACGGCCACGUGUUGGGGGCCGUUCUCCGCAUGCGCUCGGAGGAGGCCCGACAGAAGGCCUUCACCACCUGCUCCUCGCACAUCACUGUGGUGGGGCUUUUUUAUGGGGCAGCCGUGUUCAUGUACAUGGUGCCAGGAACAUACCACAGCCCACAGCAGGAUAAUGUGGUCUCCCUCUUCUACAGUCUUGUCACCCCCACACUCAACCCCCUCAUCUAUAGCCUGAGGAACCAAGAAGUUCGAGUGGCUUUGGUCAAGGUCCUUGGCAGAAGUAGUUUCAGAUCAAAGAGAAGACCCUACAGGGGCGCUGAGUUGGCCAGGGGACCCUCCUUUACAUCUAAGACCUCUCUUUCAUUUGCAGUCCGUGGGGCAAGGCGUACUGCAGUCAGCUCCCUUCCUCCUCCGAGACUCACUUUUUCUGUUGUGGAUUUGUAG